GGCGGGGGGAGGACUGGGAGACAUGAGGUGAGGGGAGGGACCUGCAGCCGGAUCCUCCCCCCUCCAGCUGGCUCCCUGUCAUCUCCAGUGCCAGGACCUGUGCGGGCACCGGCUUUGCGCCCUCUUCGUGCCCAUGGAUUACACGGGGGCGGCACAGGCUGCGGCGGAUAAACUGCUCUCCUACCGCAAGGACCAGGACGGAUGGAGACUCUGCAAGAAAACUGGUGACGUCGCUGUCUACUGGAGGCCAUCAACUGAAUUCACUGGCAACGUAUACAAAGGAGAAGGUUUGGUGGCUGGUAAACCAGAAGAUGUUUGGGAAUGUUUAAAACCAGAGCCUGGUGGCCUGAGAGUGAAGUGGGACAAUAAUGUGCAGGAUUUUCAGCUCCUAGAAACUGUUACCAAUGACAUCACUAUUUGCCGAACAGUGACACCAGCAGCAGCCAUGGGCAUUAUAUCUCCUCGAGAUUUUGUAGAUGUGGUAAUGAUCAAGAGAUAUGAGGAUGGUUCAAUAACGUCUAAUGCAACAAAUGUUGAGCAUCCUAGCUGCCCUCCCCAGCGACACUUUGUCAGGGGGUUUAACCAUCCUUGUGGCUGUUCCUGUGUCCCUGUUCCUGGGGAACCUGAGAAAACGCAAGUAUUAAGUUUCUUCCAGACGGAUCUUAGUGGCUACCUCCCGAAAUCUGUGGUGGAAUCUUUUUUCCCUUACAGCAUGACUCAGUUUUACAACAAUCUCUCAAAGGCUGUCAAGUCAUUGAAUGUAUGACACACAGAGCACUGCCCAUUGUAGAUAAAUAUUCUACUUGGAAGAGGUCAAGGAAUUGAGGAAGAACGUACAGCGUUUACACUGUUACAACCUUAGAAAGGCGCGUCGGUAACUGCACUUGAGCUGUACCCUAUAGUUACAUUUUAAAAAAUUCUAUGCAUAUUUAUUUUUUUCAUUUGCAUAGUAGAGCAACUAUUUUAGGCUGCUUUCACACUAUGAAGUUCACCCGUUAAUAAACGUAUGUUAUUAUGUAUUAUUAACAGACGUUUAAUAACGGGUGAAUUAAGGGAUGCUACAAAACAUCCGUCAUGUACCGGACACCGGACGUUUUUACACCUCUGCCUACAGACUCCCACAGCCAGGACUACUACUACUCCCAUCAUGGAACAGACUUGUUUCCAUGAUGGGAGUAGUAAAUCCCUAGCAGCUGGAGUCUGCAGAAAGCUGGGGAGGCUACAUUAGUGUUUGUACUACUACUCCCAUCAUUGAACUGAGUCU